GUUCCUCCCCGCCCCUGCCUUAUGGUUUGCAGCUGUCGAAUCCCCGUCUUAUCAAAACAUUUUAUUUGUUAACACAGAAGCAAUAAUUUAUAAACAUUUCCCACUAAGCUAUAUCUGUUCUUUCCCACCCUUUUUCUCUCUCCAUGAUCUUUUUCUGCUACAAGAAGACUUAGAGAAAGGGAGAGAGAAAAAAAGAAAGCUAGCAAAGGAAAUAAACAUUACAAGGGAAAAGAAGAACAAGGUACAACACAUAUACCAUUGUUAACGAAGCUCCCUAGCCAUUUGAUUUUUUUGUGAAUGGUAACACAUUAUUUUCUUCCUUAAACGACAAGUCUAUAGUUGAAAGUUUUUAGAUGCUAUGGCUUAUCAACAUUAUCGAUCACCCUUUGGGGACACAACUUACACAAAAGUCUUCGUUGGCGGACUGGCUUGGGAGACCCCUACGGAUAUAAUGCAGAGGUAUUUCGAGCAAUUCGGAGAGAUUCUUGAAGCUGUCAUCAUCACAGACAAGAACACCGGAAAAUCUAAAGGAUAUGGUUUCGUAACUUAUCGUGAUCCGGAUUCUGCAAGGCGGGCUUGUGAAAACCCGAAUCCAGUAAUUGAUGGAAGAAGAGCUAACUGUAACAUCGCUUCUCUUGGACGGCCUCGUCCUUCACCACCUCGAGGUAGGGGACAAGGAGGGAAUCCUUACCAAGGUGGAGGAAUACCACAAGGACCAUCAUCAUCAUCAUCUUAUAGUGGGGUGGCAGCAGCAACACCAUUGCCACUAGCUCCACCACCUGCAACUCCUAUGAUAUAUUCACCAUAUGGGUAUGCAACCUAUCCUCCUGAUUAUUACCAUCAAGGAAUGUACAACCCAGGGACGUACCAGCAAGCAGCAGCAGCACAGUAUUAUCAACAAAUGUAUGGCAGUUCCUCACCAUCUCCAUAUUACUAUGGAUAUUCCAUGCAAGGAUCAAGGGGAACAUUUCCUGCACAACGCUUUCAAGGACCAGCUACUGCUUCUUAUCUUUAUUAUCCAACUACUACUACUCAUCACUUGCCCGCCGAUGCUGCUGCUGCUGCUGCUUUUACUCCGCCUCCUCCGCCUCUACUCCAACACCCUCCUCCUUCGGCUGCCACAAGGCUUCACUUUCCUUCUCCCACUACUGAAUCACAAAUUCCACAGCAGACCUCGGCAGAAACAACAGAAGUUGGGCCUGUGACUACAGAGAGUCCAAAUACAUAAAAAGAGAGUACAAGCCCAUUAUCAUCAAAGCAUAUUUAUCAGUCAGUCAUGCAUGGUGAAAAUAAAAAAAAAUUUGUACAAUCUUUAACAAACAAAUUAAUUAACGAUGUCUUCUCAACAAUCUCAAUGACUUUACUCUAUUUCAAAAAGUCUAUCCAUAAUUUUUCUUUAGUCCGUGCUUAAUUAUGCAUCCAGAGUAAGAUUGAUUUCAACAACAAUGGCUGAUAAAGAUGGACUACUCAGAGAUACAUGGCCACUUCAUCCUUUAUUUUCUCUCCUUUUUUUUUUUUCUCCUUAUUUCUUUUUCCUUUUAAAAAGGGAAAAUAUUUCAAUUGUUGUUCAUUUAUUUAUUUUUCAUUUUACUAAACAUCUUUUAUUACUGUAUCAACAGUAGGACGGAAAUAUUAAGCCCUCAAUAACGAAUUAUGACAUAUUUACCACUUUUUAAA